AUGGACGGAUUGAAGAAGAAGUAUUCCAACGCCACAUUUCAAUUUCAGCUUGAAGAGUUUGAAUGCGCGAUUGCGGAGAUAGAAUCUCAGGGAAAGACGCUCGUUGUCAAAGAACACUCAUACCAUAUGAUGUAUCCGCACGUAACGCUGGACGGCGUCAAGCCUGAAGACAGACCAAUCGCACCUUUAGUAGACAAACUACUGGAUCUUCCCGAGGCUGACAGAGAGAGCAGGACCGCAACAGCACCAUUCUUCCCCAUCCCAAACCCAACAUUCCUUCCAGACCGCCUAUUUGCCACAUUCACCCCCAUUCUGACCAUUCGCCACCCGUGCCGCAUGAUUUUCUCUCUCAAACGAGCAUUGAAAACUUUGGGGGUGCCGUUCCCCGACGAGGAUAGCUCCAUGGAUACACAGUUUAAGUGGCAGCGAAUGGUAUACGACUGUUACAAGGCAUGGUUUUCCACCCCAGAGGGAAUUGAGGCAGUAGGAGGUACCUCAAUUGCGAAACUUCUGCCCAUCGUUGUUGAUGGAGAUAAACUCGUGAAUGACGCCCAAGGGCAGAUGGAGACUUUGUGUCGGAUUUUAGGACUGGAUCCGUUUGGGAUUCAGUAUUCAUGGGAUGUUCAGGAGUCUGUGGGAUAUGAAGCAUUCGGUGGGACCCUCAGCAGGUCAACUGGGAUCAUCAAAGGCAAAGACGGGAGUGAUAAAACUCCUGUUUUAGAAGAGGAGAUGGAGAAAUGGAAGGAGGAGUGGGGCAAAGAGACGGCGGAGGGGAUGCGAUUUUUGGUCGAUAAUGCGAUGGAAGACUACGACUAUCUUCUGAAACGUAGCAUUUAA